UUAGAGUAUUUAAAUUAAGACGUGAUUUUUCUCAGCUUCUUUAUAUUAAUUAAUAUUAAUUAUUUACUACAAUUUCAGCCACAUAUUCAGUUUAUUCUCGUCACUGAGAGGUCGAACAUAUAUGUGUGACUAUUAUAAACGAUUUCAUCUCCACAUUUGAAGACUUUAAACCGAAUUAAAGUUGAAAAAAGUGAAAUGGGCACAGCUUCAGCGGUGAACGUUACCAUGUUCUGAGGUGUUCCAGGUGUGUGUUUGGAGCCACAGUCCUUUACUCAGAGAUUUUACAUGAAGUUUCUGUGUUCCAGGUGUGUGUUUGCAGCCACAGUCCUUUAAGUUUCUAACAUGACGACAGUGUUGGAUGGUGUUUUUUAGGAAAUAAGAGAAAGAAAAGAUGGAUAUUGAGGACAAAGGCCUGUGGGUAAAUGUGGAGAAAACAGCAGGAACUCCCUCUCAUUGUGCUGAUAAGAGAUGGGUCCGGUCUGAUGUGGAAAUGUUCGAGGGACUAAAGAUUCGGAACAUACAAGGAGUCCAAAUAGGAGAUGAAUUUGGUGGAAGCAGAGGUCAGAUCUGGCCUAUUCCAAGAAAAAAAAAGAAAAAAACAGGUUCAGCAACUUCUGAUCUUUACCCCUCCUCAAAAUCUCUUUUGGAACCUGUGAACUGGUGUUCAUUAUGUAGGAAUUUGUUAGAUUCUAAGGACUGUAAUUACUGGAAGCGCAUUGAACCAGAUUUGACUCUGGCAGAUGGAAGAGAAAAGUACAGGGUCAGGACUACACAAGGGUGGUACCAGUGUGGAGUUACUGGUCUUCGAUGGGAGAGCUGCUGUGGAGCUGAAUUGGAAUACUGUUUAGAAGACUGGGAUCAGUUUAGUCAAUUUCUGGAAAAGAAGCAUUUUACUCCUUGUGGUCCAUUAAUAAAAAUCAGAGUCAUCUCGGGAGACCUCACUUCUGUCCAUCUACCACAUGUCCUCUGUUCAGUUUGGAAUUACCGGAAAGAUGUCAAACUUCUUCAUUCAGAAGAAUCUGGCGUCUCUUUAGAGGAAUGUUUGUUAUUAUCCUUCCAUGUAAUUCCAAUCUGCAAAACGUUCCCAGCCCAAGGUGUUGUGGUCAGUAGCAGAUUUAAUGUGAAAGCCCACUGUGACGUGGUGAUCUACUGCACUUCUGCUGCUCACCUGACCCUUCAUGUCUACCUGGUUCCCUGUCAUCCAUAUAUGAAAGAGUCUGUAGAGAAAAGAGAGAAGGACAGUGUAAAGAUCUUGUGGAAAGGACCAGGAUUCCCUCUGCAGAUGGGGAGUCACUACACACUCAGGACAUCCUGCCCCUCCCACAUCACACCUCAGAAGCUGAAACUGACAUACGCCAACAAGACCCAAAACGGUUUCAAGGUGUUUGUUAAGGAUGCAAAAGAAGAUUUUAGGCUGUUUUUAUUUACUGAAGCGGGGAUAUCAGUGUGGGACACCAAGAUACAAUCAGCACUAGUCCCAAUACAUCCUGAGUCCUCAGCUUCAGACUCCAUACUCCAGGCACUUACCGAGUUUACUGAUGUUCAUGAGGAGGAAAUAAAUAUAAUGGAUGACGAGAUACAAACCGCUCAGAAACAGUUUGCUAAAUUUGCAGGGACGCUGCUGAAUUUUGCACUGGGAGGAAUGUCACUGUCGGCGAGUACAGAAGCUCCGGCUGUUCACAGUUCUCAGAGAACGUCAGGAAGCUUUUGUGAGCUCUGCUCCACUUUGCAGGACACAACAGACUGGAACAUCGUUGAUCCUGAAGUUGGGGAAAAUCUGCAGUACAGGGUCAGCUCAGCUGCUGGGAGAUACGAGUGUUCAGCAUCUGGUCUCCGCUGGGUCUGUGACGGUGACGUUAGUCUGAAGUAUCAUUUCUCUGACUGGGAGCUGUAUAGAGAAGAUCUCAGAAGGAUGCAGUUUGAACCUUGUGGGCCUUUAAUGGACAUCACCGUCAUCUCUGGUGUUCUUACUGAAGUUCAUCUACCACAUGUGGCCUGUUUAGGAUCGAGUUCUGACUCCCUGAAAGACGAGGUUCGAGUUCUAGACGUGCAGGACGGGGGAAUGUUCUUAGAGAAGUGUGAGCUGACCCGCUUCCAUGCUAAACUCCUCCACCCCACCUUCUCACCUAAAGGCUUACUGAUCAGAAGUGGAUUCCCUGUGAAAGUUCACUGUGAGGUUCUGAUCUACCAAACCUUGACGGCUCACCUGACCCUUCAUGUGUAUCUGGUUACCUGUGAUCCCAAAACACUUCAGGAAGUGGACAGGCAGGAGAAAGAUGCUGUAAAAAUCUCAAAACCAGCGCCAAGAAAAUCCCUGCAAGCAUGGAGUUGGUACACACUUCAGACAAAGAAGGGAAACGAAGAUUUUUAUUCCAAGAUCAAUCCUGAGAGUUUGAAGCUGAGGCAUUCUCCUAUUAAGUACUGUGAGAUAUAUGUAAAGAAAGCAGAAGAUGACUUUGAGCUUCACUUGAUGAAUAAUAAGAAGGAGGAAGUAUGGGCUGCAGAAAUCAGAGCGGAGGAAUACAGGACGCCUGACAGGUAUUCUUCCAGUGACAAACAAAAAGCUCCAUCCAUGGAUUAUGCUGUUUGGUUUGUGGACGAACACAGGGCUGAACUCAUCCAGAGGGUCUCAUUAGUGACCCCUAUAGCAGAUGACCUGAAGGCCUACAUAGGAGAUGAGAAGUACUCCAUCAUCACAGCAUGUAAAACCCCACAGGAGCAGAUGAGGAAGCUCUACCGUUUCCUGUCUGAUGUUGGGAGUUUGGAGAAGAUAUUUUACCAGAGUCUGCUAAAGAAUGAGCCUCACCUAGUUGCAGAUCUAACUGGAGAAGGUUAGAGCUUGAUUUACCUCAUCACAGCUGAUUUAACUUCGGUAUCGACUGAAAUGUGCUGUAGAAUAUCAGUUUGUAUUUUUGAUAUUUUGCAUAAAACACACAUAAUUAUGGCAAAUGCGGAGAGAAUGCAAGAGCAACAUCUGUUGAAAUGCACUAUACAAAUAGAUUUGAUUUAGUUACUGUUGUUUGUUCUGUGUUUGUGAUAUAUUUAUUGUGUAUUACGUGAUUCAUUGAUACUCAGUAUUACAGCAGUGUUUGACAGAGAUGACCUGAUCAUGAACCAGAGGUUUGGCGGCCAGUGCUGUUGGCGAUUGUGGUUCAGUAUGAUCUGUUCGAAUGUUGAUAACGUUCACAGGUGGGACUGGAUGGCACAUUAACCUUUUAUGGUAAACUUGAAAGUACAUCAUUGUGCAGCUCUUAGUCUGCAUUCACUAUUAAGAUAAAUUGUUCAUUUUAUUGAAUCAAAUUCACUUGAAGCCCUGUAGAAACCCAAACACCAGCUAAGAGAGUCUGAGAAUUCCCGUGCAGAACUGUAGAAUGUAAACUCUUGGGAGGGGUAUCUGGUUAGUAUUCUGAUACUCACUGUACUGGGCUGAGUUAUGGACUCUUGAGAGGGGUAUCCGGUUUGUGUUCUAAUACUCACUGUACGGUUUUGCUAUUUUCAGGUGGUAAUAGAAUGCAUUCUGCCAGUAUUUUAUGUACACAAUUUAGGUACUCUGUCUUUUUAACCUGUAAAAAAUGAAAUGGAGAUGUUUGAACUGUUUUUGAGGUUUCAACUGAUACAAAAUAUGAAUAUUAUUUUUCCUUCCUUUGUUUCAUUCAUGUUUUAAGUUACUGUUACCCAAAGAUUUUUUUUACUAUUUAUUUUUUUACAAACUUUAAUUUUGUAUGUACACAAGUACAAGAAAUUAAAUAUAUUAUUUCUUUGUCACAGAUCUCAACGCUGGUUCUUUUUUAUUUACUGCUUUCUUUUUAAAGGCAUUUCUGAAUAAUGAAAUGAAAAUGUAAAUGGAGUCAGAACUGUUUACUAAGGUGUUAAGAGUAACCAGAUGUUCGAAGUGAUUAAUAUAGGGUUAGUAGCUGUGGUCACAGGAAAAACAUGUCACAACACACAGUGCAGCGCCCCCUACGGUACAUCAUGGUAUUCAUAAUGUUUUUUUCAUAAUAAUUCAUAGUAAUUUUAUAGUGUUAUAAAUAGUUACUUGUCUUUAUACUGAUGUGGUGUUAAUUGAGUUUAUUUUGUCAAUUUUUUUAGUCAAUUGCAUUUCAAUUUCUUUAUUAAUUUGAUAAGAUACUGAAAAGAUAUUCUGUGUUUGUGGUUGAAAGAACCUGGAACACGAGUUUAGCUGUUUUAACCUCGUCAGCAGCAGAUUCUGACUGGAAACUCCUUGUGGUUAUCUCAAAAGUUCAUGAGUUUAAGUGUUUAGACACACUGAUAGCCCAGACAGAACAGAAAGUGGAACCCAGAAACUACAGAGGAAACAUCAGCAGCUUCAAUGGGUUAAAGUCUUUCAUCCACGUCAGGGACGCUGUCCAGACUUAUUCGGUUGGAACUGUGAAUCUGUCCCACCUGACCAGAAAAAGGAACCAAUAGAAUAGAAGGAAUUGUUCAGACUGUACCCAGGUGAGGAGGCUCAAACGUGAUGGUGAAAGGUAGUGCUAAUGACUUAUCAUUUACUUUAUAUGUUUCCAUUUUUUUCAACAUUAAUAGCAGUACUGGUACUGCUGGGCCAUUUUUGGCGGUGACCAAAAAGUAAAAUAUUGUAAUGAUAGCAGAGGCCCACUAUGUCACCAGUACUGCAUUGUA